CUCGUGUGCACGAGGUAAACAUGGCUCCCAUGGCAAUUAGAAUGGAAUGAUACGUGGAAAAGCCUUAACUAGACCGUUUCUCUCUGAUCAUCAUGUACGGAUUUGUGAAUUACGCCCUCGAGCUGCUGGUUGUGAAGACCUUUGACAGCGAGACGUGGGAGGCGAUAAAGAAAGAUGCCGCGGUUAACAUGGAAGGACAGUUCCUGGUUCGUCAGAUAUACGAUGAUGAAAUUACAUAUAACAUCAUAUCGGCAGCUGUCAAUCGGCUCAACAUUCCAGCGGACGAGAUCCUCGAGCUGUUCGGCAGGAUGUUCUUCGAGUUCUGCCAGGAUUCCGGCUACGACAAGAUUCUCCAGGUGCUUGGGGCUACGCCCAGGGACUUUUUGCAGAACUUGGACGCCCUUCACGAUCAUUUAGGCACUUUGUAUCCGGGAAUGAGGGCGCCCUCUUUUCGGUGCACCGAGAGACCAGGGGAUGGAGCGCUCAUAUUACAUUAUUACUCCGAUCGACCCGGUUUGGAACACAUUGUGAUUGGCAUCGUCAAGACUGUGGCGAAGAAGCUUCACGGCACGGAUGUAGAAAUGCGGAUAUUGAAGACGAAAAACGAAUGCGACCACGUGCAGUUUUUGAUCACGAACACGUCCGGUCCUGGGGUCGUUUCAAAUCCCAUGAUCGCGGAACUUGAAACCUUAUCUGUCGAACCAAAAGUGAGCCCUAUGACCUUUUGCCGAGUUUUUCCAUUCCAUCUGAUGUUCAAUCGGGACCUUACCAUAGUUCAGACUGGAUGCACUAUAACUCGAGUUAUCCCUCAAGUGUGCUCUGGUAAUUGCAAGUUGAACGACAUCCUUCUGACUGUGAGACCACAUUUAGAGUUAACAUUCGAGAACAUAUUGUCACACAUCAACACGGUUUACGUGUUACGAACGAAAAAGGGUGUGAUGCAAGUGGAUUCUUCGGAAGAAUAUUCGUAUCUACGUUUGAAAGGGCAAAUGUUGUACAUACCCGAGUCAGACCUCGUCACCUUUCUCUGUUAUCCUAGCGUUAUCAACUUGGAUGAUUUAACCAGGCGAGGUUUGUAUCUGAGCGACAUCCCCCUUCACGACGCCACCAGAGAUCUCGUGCUGAUGUCAGAGCAAUUCGAGGCUGAUUACAAAUUAACGAGAAACUUGGAAUUGCUUACCGAUAAAUUGCAACAGACGUAUCGUGAGCUCGACGGCGAGAAGCAGAAAACCGACAGGUUGUUGUACUCUGUGCUGCCCAUUUCCGUGGCGAACGAACUGAGGCACUCGAGGCCGGUUCCUGCGAAGAAGUAUGACUGCGUGACCUUAUUGUUCUCCGGGAUCGUUGGUUUCGGAGCUUACUGCGCCGCUCACACGGACUCCAGUGGUGCGAUGAAAAUCGUCAACAUGCUCAAUCAGCUGUACACAGCGUUCGACGUGCUCACCGAUCCGAAGAAGAACCCAAAUGUGUACAAGGUCGAAACUGUUGGUGACAAAUACAUGGCCGUGAGCGGAUUACCGGAACCAUGUCGUUGCCAUGCACGGUGCAUCGCUCGUCUCGCAUUGGAUAUGAUGGAUCUAGCCGCGGACGAAGUGCAGAUCGAUGGCGAGCCUGUGAAAAUCACCAUCGGCAUUCACAGCGGAGAGGUUGUGACCGGGGUAAUUGGACACCGUAUGCCUCGUUACUGCCUGUUUGGAAAUACGGUGAACCUCACCAGUCGAACUGAGACCACCGGGGAACCGGGCAAAAUAAACGUCUCCGAGGACGCGUACAGAUAUCUGUGCAUGCCAGAGAAUCAGGAUCCCCAAUUUUUGCUGGAGUACAGGGGGCCUGUGUCUAUGAAGGGCAAGUCGGAACCCAUGAACGUGUGGUUCCUGUCCAGAGAAAGGGAGCUACCCGCGUAAAUUUGCAACCGCUGUGGCGACCGCCAUUGUAGCAAUAUUUUUACUACUCAGCUCGAGCUCUCAAUUCAUUUAGCGCAUUAUAUAGAAAAAUACGAUUUUUACGGUUCUAAUACUCUAUAAACGAGCGUUCUUCGACUAUCACACAAAACACAAGCUGUAGAAAAUCUCUUUGUACGGUACGAUAUUUAAUUCUAGGAUGACUUCCGUUAGAUUCAACGCUUAAUCAAGUCCCUCGAUAAUUUCAUUUUCAAUAGGUAAGUUUGAAUUAUCGAGUUUAGCCAAUGUAUCGAUUUGAAAUUGCAGAAGAGAAAUCCCUUUAUGACGCGUGUACCAAUCGCGAGUUACAGUUGACGGACCGCAGAGACCGUCACGAUACAUGUGUAAACCAUACGAUAAAAGUAAUGGUACGCCUUAGCGAAUAUUGCGAGAAGAAGAUGGAAAUUUCCGUGAGAUAUGCCUCCUAAAGCAAUAAAAUCAAACGGUGAACGUUUUCUACCAGCGAAUGUCACUUCGUUAGGUAAUGCUUGAUUCUUCGGUUAGAAAAUUUAUUAUUUGCAUUUGUCAACUUCGUUAGUAUAUGGAAUAUUCAUCAAGUUAAUAGUACCACGUCGCAAAAACAAUUCUCAAGUUAUCAAGUUACAAGCACAAUAGGACAACCUAUUAUAUUCAGAAGUCCUCCUAGGCUUAGAUCGUACUAAAAAUAUUUCCUUGUUAAUAUAUAUCAACGUCCAUACGGCGAUCUCGAAUCUCUACGUGCAUUUGCCAACUUAAUGACCAGUGUUUACUACUUGUAAAUGUAAGAGGCAAUCAAAUAUAAAUGUCACCGAUAUUGGAUAGCGUGUCCAUCGAUGGUAUGCGAAAUUUCUUUUCCCGUUUCACGCCAUACAGGUUGGCCGAUCGUCGAGGAGCCACGUCAGAGGUCGCCAGCGUAAAAUGACCUCACCCUUAAACGAAAAAAAAAAAAGAAAAAAGAGAAACGAGUAGAGAGACAGCCUCUUGCUUCGAUGGAAUGCUUCGAACGUGGAAGGUGUAACGGAACCUGUUCUACUCCCCAACACGUCCCACGCACGUCGCAAGGUCAAUACAUCGAAACCUCGUGCACAACACGAUCGUCGCCGAUGCGGCACAGAUUCCAACGAUCAUUUUUCCCUCUUUCCUACAAAGAAUAUCUCAAUAGAACGCUUCAUCUUGCGAAAGUAAUAUGCCACGCUUGUUAAGAAUUAACCGACUGUCCUGGUUCUUUUGUAUCUUUUACAUCAUGUGCACGCGUAUACCAGGUAUUUUAUUCUAUUUCAUACUUUUCGACGACUGACAUUUCUCAAGUUGGUGGUUUCGUUGCAUGUAGUUCGCUGGAGAACGUGAUUUUCUACAACUUUCAAAUAAAUUGCAAUUAAACCAAUGGAUCGCAAUAUAUUUAAUUAAUUCUGUGAUUUGUUGUUUAUUAGUUACGCGUGUGUAAACCCGGUUCGAAAUUACGUGCGUAAUUAUUAUAUUUAUCGUGUUAUUGAAAAUUCGAGUCGGUCCUGUAUGUACACGGAACUUAGUCGGUUUAAACUCGAUAUUUAUGUUUCAACGUCCAUUUAAUAAGGUUUGUAAAUUGCGUUACAUUAUUUAUGUGAUAAGUGAUAAUAAUUAUGGUACAACUCUGUGAAGUUAAGAAUGCCUGUACGUACUUAUUAUCAUAAAGAUAUUUCUGUAAAAUAACUGGUUACAUUAUGAUUAUUACGUUCUAAUAAUAACUUGUAAACACGUAACUACAACUAAA